AGGACAAAAAAUAAUCAAUGGGUCGUUCACACUACACAAGAAAAUUUUCUUUAGUGACAACGAGGAUAACUUAGUAGCACGGCGUGGACUCUCGGGUCCUCCACGGAAGCCGGUUACCGGCAUAGACCGUUGACGUUUGAUAAAGCUACCUAACACCCCUCCAAUCAUACUCUUCAAUCAAGGAACAUUUUAAACAUAAACACUCCUUCCCACUUGCUGGUAUUCAUUACAACAAAAUAUGAAGUCACUAUUUCAAGCUUACCAUUUACUCAUCUUAUUUUCAUUAACAGAAACCACAAUCGCCACAGCAGUUCCUAGAUAUGCCAAGCCAGGGUGUAACGAUACAUGCGGGAACGUUAGAAUUCCAUACCCAUUUGGGAUCGGAGCGAAUUGUUCUAUCAACAAAUGGUACGUCGUCGAUUGUCACUCCUCGACACCGUAUCUGUCUGCACUCAACCAGUUAGAAAUCUUGGGUGUAAAUUUGGAAAAUCAAACAGUCACUGUUAAUACGCCAAAGAUCUCCUAUUGCCAAAACCCGGUUCCGAAUAACGGUCUGACCAUGAGCGUUGAUCUUGGUGGGAGCCCUUUCCUGUAUUCCAAAUCACACAAUAAGUUUGUUUUUGAGGGGUGUGGUAAUGCUGUCAUGAUGGAUAACGGAAGUCGAGUGCUCACCGGGUGUGCCACGAAUUGUCUAGGUGACUUUGUUAGCGACAGAAAUAAGUGUUUUGGCAUCAGUUGUUGCCAGACCACAAUUCCUCAUUCUCUCCGACUGUACAACGUUAACAUCACUGGGGAUAAUGGAUAUGACAGAGGUUGUGGGUCUGCUUUUUUGGUGGAUGAAAAUUCAUAUGUUUCAGAGGAAAAUAGUUCUGAUGUUCCAGUAUCACUUCUUUGGACUCUAUCACAAGGUGACAUUGAUCAGGAGGUUGGGAAGUUUACUCCGGCAAUAAAGCGUGAAUUUGCUUCAUUUGUUGUGAACUCUAACAAAAGAGUGGUUCCAAAAUACGCCAAGCCAGGGUGCAGUGAUAUAUGCGGGAACGUCAAAAUUCCAUACCCUUUUGGAAUCGGUGGUGAUUGUUCUGUCAACCAAUGGUACAUCAUUGAAUGCAACUCCUCGACGCCAUAUCUAUCUGCAUUUGGCCACCUCGAAGUCUUGGAUGUAAACACCGCAAAUCAAACAAUAACCGUUAAUACACCAAAAAUCUCAGCAUGCCAAAACUCUAUUAGGAAAAGUAGCAAGACGAUGAGCAUUGAUCUUGGUUUGAGCCCCUUCCUGUUUUCCAAAUCACACAAUAUAUUUGUUUUUGAGGGGUGUGGGAAUGCCGUCAUGAUGGACCAAGGAAGUCAGGUGCUGACAGGGUGUUCAACAAACUGUCACAAUGGCAGUCGUGGCGAUAGAAACAAUUGUUUCGGCAUUAGCUGUUGCCAAACCACAAUUCCUCAUUAUCUCAAGUCAUACAACAUUAACAUAACAAGGCAGGCUGGAGAUGAUAGAGCUUGUGGGUCUGCCUUUUUGAUGGAUGAAAAUUCAUACGUUAAGGGUACAUUUUCAGAGGAAAACAGCUCGUAUGUUCCGAUAUCACUUCUUUGGACCCUCUCAGAAGAUGACAUUAAUAAUGUAAGUUGUUAUUACUCACCGGGUACACUUGAGGUAGAUCUCGGUAAUCGUACAACAAUGAAGUCUUGGAAGUGCCAGUUUUUUGAGUUUUUUUCAAAUUAUAACUUUCCACAAGGAAACCCUUAUGUAGGUGAUGGACUCAAUGAUACAGAAGAUUGUGCAAGGUGCAAGGAUGAUGGAAGUUACUGCUUAUAUGACACAACAUAUUAUUAUGAUGCCGAUUACUUAAUAAAAUUAAAACUCAGUUGUAUUGGCACCCAGCUUUCUUCCUCAGCUAAAGCCCCUGCUAAUGCUGAGGCCCCUGACUUUGAAAAAGUCCCUAAGAAUGAUAAAGUAAUCAAAUCAAGCAAAACAUCCUUGGGUCUUAUUCUAGGUAUUAGCAUAAGCAUUGGUGUACCUUUUGUUGUGGCAACCAGCUACAUAUUAUACAAAGUGAUCAAGCAAACAAUUGCCAGGAGACGAAGAAAGAGAUUCUUUAAACGGAAUGGUGGUUUACUCCUAAAACAACAACAAGAAGCUGACCCAUCUAUAGUUGAUAAAACUAUACUUUUCACAUCACAUGAGUUGAAGAAGGCCACGGACAAUUUUAACGAGAGCAAGGUUCUUGGCCGAGGAGGCCAAGGUACUGUCUAUAAAGGGGUGUUAGCGGAUGGAAGGAUUGUAGCAGUCAAGAAAUCUAAAGUAUUUGACGAAAGCCAAUUAGAGCAGUUCAUUAAUGAGGUGGUCAUUCUUUCGCAAGUCAAUCAUAGGAAUGUGGUCAAAUUAUUGGGAUGUUGCCUAGAGACAGAAGUUCCAAUGCUGGUUUCAGAAUUCAUUCCAAAUGGUACUUUGUAUGACCGUCUUCACAAUGAUGACUCCCCAAUUUCUUUGGAAACAAGAUUACAAAUAGCUACAGAAGUUGCAGGAGCACUUGCUUACUUGCAUUCGGCAACUUCCCUUCAAAUAUAUCACAGAGACAUUAAAACUACUAAUAUUCUUUUAGAUGAUAAUUAUAGGGCCAAAGUUUCUGACUUUGGAACUUCAAGAUUUGUAGCAAUUGAUAAAUCUCAUUUGACAACCUUAGUCAAAGGUACAUUUGGUUACUUAGAUCCCGAGUAUUUCCAAUCUAGCCAAUUCACUGAAAAGAGUGAUGUUUAUAGUUUUGGAGUUGUUUUGGUUGAACUUUUGACCGGAGAAAAGCCGAUUUCCCUUGCUAGAUCUGAUGAACAUAGAAGUCUGGCUACUCACUUUAUGCUGGCUAUGGAAGAAGGAUCUGCUAUGUCAAUUUUUGAUGCAGUGGUGAUUAACGAGGGUAGUAGGGAUGAGCUUCUGGCAAUAGCAAACCUUGCGAUGCGAUGCUUGAAUCUGAAUGGAAGGAAUAGGCCAACUAUGAAAGAGGUAGCUAAUGAGUUAGAAACCAUAAGAACGUCACACAUUGCUUCUACGGCUCAAACUAGUAUGGAGCUGUGAUACAGGGCAAGGAGUUAUUGAUGGUAACGUAUAUCAAUUCAUAAUCAACAUUCUUGAGGUUCAGUGACAUCAUUAUUCAAUAAGUUAAAUUGAUGUAAUAUAGUUGUUGAGUAUGUAAGAGAACUCUUAUGUAAACGUACAGUUCAGUUUUCGUUAGUAAUUUUGUUGUUUAGGGGAGUGGGGGUGGUCACUAGUGAUAGAAUUCCAUCACUCAGAGG